AGACAGUGUUGAUGUUAAGAGCGCUUGCACCAAUAACUGUUAUCCGAAUGACUUCAACGUACAAAAAUCGUCUUGGACAGGAAAAGAGUCCUUACCUCCUCCAGCAUGCAAACAAUCCCAUCGAUUGGUAUCCGUGGGGACAAGAAGCAUUCCAGAAGGCUAAAGAUAAUAACAAACCUAUCUUCCUGUCAGUUGGAUAUUCAACUUGUCACUGGUGUCAUGUGAUGGAAAAAGAAUCAUUUGAAAAUGAGGCAACAGCAAAAAUCCUGAACGACAACUUCGUGGCUAUCAAAGUUGACAGAGAAGAACGACCAGACGUUGAUAAACUCUAUAUGGCUUUUGUCGUGGCUUCAAGUGGACACGGUGGAUGGCCAAUGUCAGUUUUCCUAACACCGGAUCUUCAUCCAAUCACUGGCGGAACCUAUUUUCCACCAGACGACAACCGUGGAAUGCUCGGCUUUCCAACUAUCCUCAACAUGAUUCAUACUGAAUGGAAAAAAGAAGGAGAGAGUUUGAAACAACGCGGAGCCCAAAUUAUCAAACUUCUUCAACCUGAAACUGCUUCUGGGGAUGUCAAUAGAUCCGAAGAAGUGUUCAAAUCAAUAUAUUCUCACAAACAAUCAUCUUUUGACAGCAGACUUGGAGGAUUUGGCAGAGCUCCGAAAUUUCCAAAAGCUUGUGAUUUAGAUUUUCUAAUCACUUUUGCUGCAAGCGAGAAUGAAUCCGAAAAAGCCAAAGACAGUAUCAUGAUGCUUCAAAAAACUUUGGAAUCAAUGGCUGAUGGAGGAAUCCAUGAUCAUAUUGGAAAUGGAUUUCAUCGAUAUUCUGUCGGAUCCGAAUGGCAUAUUCCACAUUUUGAGAAAAUGUUGUAUGAUCAAUCUCAGCUAUUGGCUACAUAUUCAGAUUUUCAUAAAUUGACAGAAAGAAAACAUGAUAAUGUAAAGCAUGUCAUUAAUGACAUCUACCAAUACAUGCAAAAGAUCAGUCAUAAAGAUGGUGGAUUCUAUGCUGCAGAAGAUGCUGAUUCCUUGCCAAAUCAUAAUUCUUCGAAUAAAGUUGAAGGAGCGUUUUGUGCUUGGGAGAAAGAAGAAAUUAAACAAUUAUUGGGAGACAAGAAAAUUGGAUCAGCUUCACUUUUCGAUGUAGUUGCUGAUUAUUUCGAUGUUGAAGAUAGUGGAAAUGUUGCACGAUCUUCGGAUCCCCAUGGUGAACUGAAGAAUAAAAAUGUCCUGAGAAAGUUGCUGACUGAUGAGGAGUGUGCCACGAAUCACGAAAUAUCUGUUGCGGAACUCAAGAAAGGAAUCGAUGAAGCAAAAGAAAUUUUGUGGAAUGCUCGAACACAAAGACCAAGCCCACAUCUUGAUUCAAAAAUGGUUACUUCGUGGCAAGGACUAGCAAUCACAGGACUUGUGAAAGCAUAUCAAGCUACUGAAGAAACAAAAUAUUUGGAUCGAGCUGAAAAGUGUGCAGAAUUCAUCGGAAAAUUUUUAGACGAUAAUGGAGAGCUUAGAAGAUCUGUAUAUUUGGGUGCUAAUGGAGAAGUUGAACAAGGCAAUCAAGAAAUAAGAGCAUUUUCUGACGAUUAUGCGUUUUUGAUUCAAGCUCUUUUGGAUCUCUAUACAACAGUUGGCAAAGAUGAAUAUCUCAAGAAAGCCGUUGAGCUUCAGAAAAUUUGUGAUGUAAAGUUCUGGAACGGAAAUGGAUACUUCAUCAGCGAGAAAACCGAUGAAGAUGUUUCUGUGAGAAUGAUUGAAGAUCAAGAUGGAGCAGAGCCCACAGCCACUUCAAUCGCAUCAAACAACCUUCUUAGGCUUUAUGACAUUCUUGAAAAGGAGGAAUAUCGUGAGAAGGCGAAUCAGUGUUUCCGGGGAGCUUCAGAGCGACUGAAUACGGUCCCAAUCGCCCUACCAAAAAUGGCAGUCGCACUUCAUCGAUGGCAAAUUGGAUCUACCACAUUUGUUCUCGUUGGUGAUCCGAAAUCUGAACUUUUGUCCGAAACUCGAAGCCGACUGAAUCAAAAGUUCUUGAAUAACCUGUCUGUUGUACAUAUUCAAUCAGAAGAAGAUUUGUCAGCAUCGGGACCUUCUCAUAAGGCAAUGGCUGAAGGACCGAAACCUGCAGUGUACAUGUGUAAAGGAUUCGUUUGUGAUAGACCAGUUAAAGCCAUUCAGGAAUUAGAAGAACUAUUCAAUAAAUUCUGAAUGUGUAGAUUUUGUCUUAUCCAGAUACUGUAAAUAUGUCAUUUUUUGUCAGUUGAAUAAACGCUUAGUCAUUU